AUGAUGAUUUACUCAUAAGAAUAUGAUCAUCAAGAAUAAAAUGCUAUAGUUGGUUUUAAAAUGAAUAAAUUUAUAAAAUAAUUUUCUGAUAUGAAGGUAAUGUAUUAUAUUUGUAACAUAAGUAGGGAGCAUUGGAUUGUAUAUUGAGGAUGGAAUGA